AUGAUCGAGUUCAUGGACUAUGUCCAAAAUGCCUUUUACUCGGCGUCCCUGUGGGAUCAUGACAAUUCCUACAGCACCUUGACGGCCACGGCCAAUGCCCUCCUUGAUUUCCAAACUCCUCAUGGCCUUCGCCUUCGCAUCUCGUCCUUAUCUGCGCCUGGCUUUGCGACCUCAUACACUCUUUCCAACAGAGGCUUCGUCGAUGGCUCCAUCUCCUUCCUCUACUCGUCCUUGCCCAUGCGCAUUCCUUCCCAAAGCAGCAUCAUAGACUUGCGGAAUCUGGUCAGAGGCUACAGACACCUACCCGAGUUACGCCGACCGGACGAGACGUAUCUGUGGGAGAUAUGGCAGGCUGGAAGGAGGAUUGACAAGAAGGACACUCUGCUGUAUGGUCGUCUGUACCUGCCCACAUCGACCCUUGAGGCCUUGUAUUUGCGUCGCAUAUCGCCAUCGCGUCUUCUUCGUCUGUCAUGUGUUUCCGACUCUGCUCUCCCUAACGGUGGCUCUGUCCUGGCCCAACUGCAAAAUGAUCACGCCAAAUACUCAACCGAGUACCUCUUCUCGACAGACAGCUGCUUAAUGGGUAUCCGCGGUCUCUACAACUUCGGUCUCGAUCCCCGCACAAUUCCUCGCACUACAACGCCCAUAGGCAACGUUGUACCCAUCGAUCCUCAAAUCGGUCGUCUCAGUGCUGGUGCAGAGUUGUACUUUUCGCCGCUUAACAAGUCUGGCGGUGUGUCUACUGCUAUCCGCUUUACAACACUGCCUUCACAUACUGGCUUUCCAUAUACCAUGGCUUUGACUAUGAAUCCUCUAAUGGGCAAUAUUUCUUCUAGCUAUGCUGUCAAGGCUGGCCAUGAUGUAGCCUUGAGUUCUCGCUUCGACUUUAACAUCUACAGUUACGAGUCCGACGUCCAACUCGGUCUGGAGCUCUGGCGAAGAAAAUCUGCAGAAGUCGCUAGCGACACCAUACCUGUUGUUGAAGACAAACGACCACCACCAGCACAACAAGAAUCAGUAUUGGAGACAAAGAUCACACAAGACCUGCUCCAACAAAACAACACUCAAGAAGUGGAUAGCGUGUUCAAAGCAAGAGUCAACCAACAUGGCAAGAUUGGCGUGCUUUGGGAGGGCCGUAUCAAGGAUUUGUUGGUUAGCAUCGGUGCGGAUCUCAAUUUGAAGCGACGGGAUAACAUUAUCGGAUCGGUUGGUUUGGAGAUUUCGUAUUCUUCUUGA